AUGUCCGGUGGAAGCGGUGUUCCUCUGUCGGAUCGGCUAAACACCAUCCUGACGGGCAGCUACGACCAACAUAUACACUUAUUCGAUUUGAGGAAAACUAAGGAGCCUUUGCGGAUCGAGGAGACAGCUGGAGGUGUUUGGUACAUAGAAGAUGUUCAAACACAUGAAAAUCGUCAUGUAGCUGCUUGCAUGUAUGGUGGAUGGGCAAUCCUUGAUGAAAAAUAUAACAUAUGACAAUCAGAUGAGAAAGCUGGGAAGGAACUUUUGUACGGUGUAACAAUGGCUAGCGAACAUUUGGUGGUUUAUACAACUUUCAACGACUAUAGGGUCACUGCCA